GCAGACAACAUGGCGCCGAGAGCGUCGUCGUCACGUUUUACAGACGUGACGUUUCCCGCGCGCGUCAUUAACGGAAGUGAGCCCACAAAAUGGCGGAAUUUUACGGCGCUAAGGUGUGAAAGGAAAGAGAGAACGAGGAUGGUAUGCUAGUUAAACAAGCAAGCGAGACAGAAUAACGAGAAAUUCGUAGAAAGAGAGGAGGUUAGGUCGGUGCCACAGAGAAAGAAGAAUGACUAGUAGCCGCCUUUGGCGGUGGACUAGCGCCCAUACGAAUAGUGAGACGGGGUGUUGCGAGAGCACGCAUUAGAUAAAAAGAGAGAGACGAACACGAUACGUUGAACGCAGAAAGAGCUAACCGAAGUGACGAGUGGGGACGCGUGGAAGAGAGAGAGAGAGAGAGAAAGAGAGAGAAGAGAGGCUUAAAGAAAUGAGAGAGUGAGAUACUACGAUAUAGCGGAGGGGAAAGACCAGUGGGAAGCAGCGACAGUUCUCAGUAGUGGGGAUGAAAUUAGUUACGGCAUCCGAGACCUAAAAGGCUCGCCUCAGCUCAGAUCGCAUCGUGCAAUGUUAUGCGUUAAGGUAACCUCGUGCGUCGUUGACAGUGCCGGGUUUGAACUUCGUAGUAGUUAUCUGCGUCGUCACUAUACUCAGACUCGUUGCUGCAGACGACGUAACGGCCAUUGCUACAAGUGCAAAAAAGUUACGUGUAUGUACUCAAAUAAAAACUCAUGACUUAUGAUGUGAGUGAGGUGAUCAGUGAUAGCUCGGUGAAAAUGAUUCAUUCGAAGCAUCAACAAUCAGUGCAUCAACAUCAGCAGCAUAAUAUGCGAAAAUCUGUGGGCGUUAUGGGAAAUACCAGACGAAUUUUCACAACAGACUUUAAAAUCAAGGUUCUGGAUUCCUACAGGCAUGAUAAUGAUUGCCGCCAGAAUCAACGUGCGACGGCGAGAAAAUAUGGCAUUCAUCGCCGUCAAAUACAAAAAUGGCUGCAAUCCGAGGAGCAACUUAGAAAUAGUGUUGAAAACGGGAAUAGUGGGGUCACUUCGUCGAUGAACAUUUCUUCAACGGGCGUUUCUAAAUCGGAUGAUACAGGGACGGAAGCUACAGGAACUGCCAUGACUUCAGCAGCACCGACCUUGAACCUCGCCAGACAGCUCGGCGACGAGCUGACUACACAGCAAGGGCCCCCACCUCCUCAUCCUCCGCAUGCACCCUCCUCGCCCCAAUAUAGCCUUCCGACUACGACCACCGAUGCAGCUAUGCCCCUGUGUGUUACAUCCGUGAAUUAUCAGGAAUAUUCAUCGGAACAUGAUCGUUUGGAAGACAGAGUUCAUAUUCCAGAAGUCCCUAGAUAUCCGGAUACACAAAUAGAUCAGGAUCGUACAACGUAUUACGUAUUUAACGGAGAUAGACAGCGAGAUACAGAGACAUCGGCGAUGUUUGGUGGUAGAAGUGAGGUGAAGGUAUAUCAAACUUUAACCACUUACCACUCGGCGCGUCACUCAGAGCAUCGAUAUAUCAAAAGCAAUGUGCAUUCAUCAGAUCAACAUUCGCAGCAGCCAGAAAAUUAUGGGAAUGUUGAUUCGUAUGACGGGAGAUCAUAUGGCUCAUACAGCUUGCUGCUACCGCCGUCGAUGAUAAAGACAGAGCGAGCGAGCCCAGACACAGCGGCGACGUCAGGGCCGUACGAGCCUACAAGUUCUCCUGGUGGCCCACGGGCCCCACUCUCGCCGGCAUCUCAUCGUGCCGUAGAUAGCAGUAGUUCUCCGUCAUCCAUUCACUUUGUUGACUAUUCACGAGGUCCAACAAGCCCAUACUUGCACGUGCAUGAGCACGCACACACGUGCACACCGUUGGAUUCCGAGAAAUCGAUCUCGCUUCUAUACCAGCAAAAAGGAGAACCAGAAGAAACGAAAUUGCACACUGAGGAGAAAAAAGACGAAGAAUAUUGCGACACGAUAAUUAAAGAAGAAAUACAUUUGGAUGAAAAUGAGAAGUACGACGAGGAGGAAAAAGCUACCGUGUCUUCGAGUAUUGAUCAACAACCUGUCGGCAGGUCGUCACCAGAUAGUUCAGGACCGAUAAGCCCUAUAUGUAUUCGCAACGGUUACUCCGUACCUUCAAGUCCUAACAAUUCUAAUAGCACUGGAAGAUCUAGGAGUAGCUUGUCUGAUAGCGAGAUGAUGGAUCCUCUUGCUUCUGUUAACAGUUUGAAUUCAUCUAACAAUCUUCGUAGACGAUCUUUUUCUUUGCGUUUUAAACUUACUGUCCUCGAUGCUUUUCAUCGAGACAAGGAAGUAAAAGAGAAUCAACGAGCCACUGCGAGAAAAUUUGGCAUAAAUCGCCGUCAGGUACAAAAAUGGUUGGAACAGGAAACAGAACUCAGGGAUGAAAUUGCCUUUCGAGGAGAUUCCCGUCAACGUUUGGGUCCUAUUCAGGAUGUUACUUCCGGUGAGUCACCAUUGGAUCUGACGAUGACAAAUUAUGCGAACUGCGCUUCACUGUUGCGUGAUCGACUUGAGAUGGAACAUGAACAGUUGUCACCACACUUCUAUCGCUAUGAUGGUUCCGGUUCCUCUCAACAUCCCUCAUAUUAUCAACACUCGGCUGGGAUAGACGCAUCCUCGGAGAUAGAAGCCGUAGGGCCUUGCCAUCUCUCUUGCUCUGCAGACAGCCAUACAACGUCGACAACAUCCUCUUAUCAAGAAUAUUCGAGAGAAUCUUACACGGAACCUCCAACUAGAGUACAUUGUCAUUCGCCAAGAGCAAAUUCCGAAGUUUCUAAUCUUUCUGAAGGAUGCGACCAAGGAUUUUCAUCUCUGAAAAGACUGCUGCCGUCUUGCUGUUACGAGAGAAUGCCGUCACCUAAAAGAUUCUGCGAGAGAUUACCAGAUAUUGAUGAUUCUUACGAUACACCUCUUCAAGAUGCUCCUCUUUGUCUCGUAAAACCGAAGUCUGAGGAAGUCUCUUGCCUUCAAACGGAAUUAAGUACAACAUCGAUUAAUACUGUAACAACUUCUAACAAUUCUGAUGCCAUCACUUUCAAGCCUUACUUAGACAAUCCUUCCAAGUCAUGCUUAUGACUACAAACUUAAUUUUCGAGUGCCGGUUUCCUGGUCUCAUGAUAGCGGGAUAUAUUCAGGCUUACCACAACAGACCGCACUUGUCAG